CGGGCGGCGCGGAAGCGGCGGCGGCGCGGCCGGGGCAGCCAUGUCGCCAUUGUCUGCGGCGCGGGCGGCCCUGCGGGUCUACGCGGCAGGCGCCGCGGUGAUCCUGGCGCAGCUGCUGCGGCGCUGCCGCGGGGGCUUCCUGGAGCCAGUUUUCCCCCCACAACCUGACCGUGUUGCUAUAGUGACGGGAGGGACAGAUGGCAUCGGCUAUUCUACGGCGAAGCAUCUGGCAAGACUUGGCAUGCAAGUUAUCAUAGCUGGAAAUAAUGACAGCAAAGCCAAACAAGUUGUAAGCAAAAUAAAAGAAGAAACGUUGAACGACAAAGUGGAAUUUUUAUACUGUGACUUGGCUUCCAUGACGUCCAUCCGGCAGUUUGUGCAGAAGUUCAAGAUGAAGAAGAUUCCUCUCCAUGUCCUGAUCAACAAUGCUGGGGUGAUGAUGGUCCCUCAGAGGAAAACCAGAGAUGGAUUCGAAGAACAUUUCGGCCUGAACUACCUGGGGCACUUCCUGCUGACCAACCUUCUCCUGGAUACGCUGAGAGAGUCUGGGUCCCUUGGCCACUGUGCGAGGGUGGUCACCGUCUCCUCUGCCACCCAUUACGUCGCUGAGCUGAACAUGGACGACCUUCAGAGCAGUGCCUGCUACUCACCCCACACAGCCUACGCCCAGAGCAAACUGGCCCUUGUCCUGUUCACCUACCACCUCCAGGGGCUGCUGACGGCUGAGGGAAGCCACGUGACCGCCAAUGUGGUGGACCCCGGGGUGGUCAACACGGACCUCUACCGGCAUGUGUUCUGGGGCACCCGUCUGGUGAAGAAGCUUCUCGGCUGGUUGCUUUUCAAGACCCCCAAUGAAGGAGCGUGGACUUCCAUCUACGCAGCGGUCACCCCAGAGCUGGAAGGAGUUGGUGGCCGUUACCUAUACAAUGAGAAAGAGACAAAGUCCCUCCAUGUCACCUACAACCAGAAACUGCAGCAGCAGCUGUGGUCUAAGAGUUGUGAGAUGACUGGGGUCCUUGAUGUGACCCUGUGAUAUCCUGUCUCAGGAUAGCUGCUGCCCCAAGAAACACAUUGCACCUGCCAAUAGCUUGUGGGUCUGUGAAGACUGUGGUGUUUGAGUUUCUCACACCCACCUGCCCACAGGGCUCUCUCCUCUAGUUUUGAGACAGCUGUCUCAACCUCUGCAGGACUUCAAGAAGCCAAAGAAACAUUUUGGAGGAUAAUCACCCCAGGUGGUCCUCAAGCCAUAAACUUUGUGAUUCCAAAGUGCCCAAUUGUCACAGGUGCCAUAAAUAAUUACAUUUUCCAACAUAAAUAUGCCGUUUUCCUUGCCGUGUUAAGUACAACUGAGUACAAAAGUUCCAAGAGAGAUGACCUCUUUUCAGGGGCUGCAAUAUCCUCUCUGAGACCUAGUGGUGGAUGAGGUCUCCUGUUUGAUUUUGUUCCUGCAUGCACUCAUUUUUCCAGAGACCCAGCUGUGAUUCACAGGUGUCGGACAUGGGGAGGUGUGAGCCUUGCUUGCUACAGCCUGUAGGAUGAGUUUGAUGUGGCCAGCAGCACCAUCUGGUCAACCUCAUUCCAGAAUGGCACAGUCACAAGUGAAGCAUGCCACUGUCAAAUCCGAGAAUGUAAACCACUGAACAGCUAUGGAUCAAAUGGUAGCCCUCAAAAGAUAUGUUCAUGCCCUAACCCUCAGAACCUACAAAUAUUACUUCAUUUGGAAAAGAAUCUUUCUUUGCAGAUAGAAUUAAGAAUUUUGACAUGGGUCAUUAUGGAUCAUCCAGUGAACCCAGUGCCAUCACGAGGGUUAUCAGAGACAGGUAGAGGGAGAUGUGAGUACAGAAGACAAGAUGUUCUAGUGAUGAUGCAGGCAGAGACUGGAGUGAUGUGGCCACAAGCCAAGCAAUGCCUGGAGCCACCAGGAGCUGGGACAGGCAGGAAGGAUUCUCCCUUACACCCCUCAGAGCAAUCUCGGCCCUUCUGACAUCUUGACUUUAGACUUCUGGUCUCCAGAACAGAGAGAGAAUAAAUCUUUCUUGUUUUAAGGUUCCAACAAAUUGGUAGUCACUUGUUACAGCAACCACAGGAAACAUAUACAGCUUCUGAUACUUCUGAAAACCUCACACAGCCAAAGGGUACAUCCUUGGUAUAGAGGCUCACUCUUACCAGCCGGGCAAGGAAGGCUCAAUCCUUUGGUGUUAGAGAGAUAGGUGUUGGGUUUUCAAAUUUCAACAUGGAGAAAUGAGUCAUUUGCAAUGCUUUUGAGAAAGUACUGUGUAUACCCUACGAGCCUGCACUCCUUAUGUGUGAGACUGAUGACCAUUGGUUGGCUUAUUAUCCAUUCCCCUAAGUGACAAAAUCCCACUGACUAUUCAAAUCCAACAUUAGCUCCUGGCAUGCUUGUACCUUAGAAUCAUAACCAGCUGCCAUUCCAGGAUGGAGUUCAAACUAAUUGCGGGGGCACGUGCUUCUUACAUGACUGCUAGAUUGUUCCCAGAUGGGUAAAGUUGCCCUGAUAAGCAACUUAAAUGAAAAUAAUAAGUGUAUUUGGCCUCUUUAAAAAAAAUCAGUCAUUCUCCGGGAAUGGGUUGGUCACCACAGAUGGUGAUUUUCCUUGGUAGAUAACCAGGAUGCCUGGAUUUCUGUUGUUCCUUUACAGAAAACCAGGAAUUUUAUGUCAUGGACCCACUAGACAAGGGACCUUCCUUGGUACGAAAGGAUAAGAAAUGUGGAUUUGUUCCCUGGGAUAUUCACAUUAGAUGCACACUACCCACUGGUGUAAGCUCAGCCGAGAUAGAGGAUGAGGAGACCUAAAGUCAGGCAAGCAAGCUUUACUGAGCUGCUUGGCUGCUCCGCCAGUUAGAGGAGGCAGCCCUGCUUACAGACUAUAGCAGGGUUUUAAAGGGCCAGAAACAGGGUGGGGGAUCUGAGUUGAGGGUGCAGGAGGACUGGGUUGGGGUGUGGGAGCUGAGUAGGGGGUACAAGUGUCUUGACCACAUCCUGGAGAUGUUUUUUGCCAGCUUUGUUAUGCGAGGUUCACAGACAUGUUAACCACAUCCUUUAACUGUCUGGACAAACAGUUACUGGAGGGGUCAGUGAAGGGGGGUGUUUUUUCUUUAGCCCUGGGGGAGCCGUGCAGAGAGUGCAAGGGACUGUAUUGUAAGGCCUGUGGAAGGGGAAGGGAACGGUCUGGUUGGGGUGACCCUAACAAUUGGUAUGCUUGUUUUAGGCAGAGCUCAGAACUCAACACACAGGACUCUCGAUGCAGAGAGAAUGAGCUCAAACCCCUUCUGCAGAAAGACCCAGACUCUGUGCAGAAUGUCCGCUUAGAUCUUGAGACCCUUCAUAGGAAAACCGUGAGUGAUACCACCAGGCUAACAGGCCACGAAGGAGAGCCUGCCAGAGGUUACAAGGAACAAUGAAACUUGCAGGAAACACACAUGAUAUUGACCUCCCUAGUGUAGCUGGACUCAUGGUGCUGCAGGGAGACGUGAAGCCCAAUGGUGAGAACCUGCAACAAGAUUUGUGGUGCGGGGGUCUGCCCCGCAGACCCUGACCAAGUGACGGAUGAAUGAAGUACACUGACACACAGCUAUUUUGCUUUGCCAGUUUGGCUGAGCGUCCGAGCCACUUAGUAGCAGCCGUGGCCUUGAUCAGUCAGCAAGACUUGCAUUUAUUCAGUAAAGAUUAAUUGACAAAGGUCGUGAGUCAACACCACCAGAGGGAAAUUGACAUUGUGGACUUCCCUAAGUGGAAAGCAAUUAAGCACCUGCAAUAGAUCAAAGGUUAGUCUUAGGACCACAUGGGUAAACAAGUUAGUUAAACUCCCCACAUUCCUUUGCUUCUACUCUAACUUGUUUAACUAAAGGUAAGGGGACUAGGCUGCCUUCAGCCAGGUUUAUUACCGAAGUUAUGCAAACUCUCAGGCCUUCCCAGAGGGUUUGUGGCUAUUAUAACUAAAUUUUCCUCACCAGCCUGACUAAACCCCUACAUCUGGAUCUGUAGAGGCCCUGACAUCACAUCUGCCAAGCUCCCCAUGGGGCUUAGGUCUCUGUGUGAAGAUGACAUAGACAGUCCCAUGAGAUGGCUGUGUGUUCAAAUAGCCCAUUUCAGGUUAUGACAUUGAUCAGUUUUCCAGGCCUGCUGUAACAAGUAACCACAACUAGGGGCCUCAAGACAAAGGGAAUUAUUUUUCCUCUCCCAGCUCUGGAGACGAGAAAAUUGAAAUCAAGGUGUCUCAGGGCUCUGCUCCAUCUGGAGGCUGUAGGGAAGGAUCAGUUCCUGCCUCUCUUAGUUCCUGGGAGCUCCAGGCAUCCCUUUGGCUUGUGGUUGCAUCACUCCAGUGUCACAUGCAUGUAAUCCCAGCUACUUGGGAGGCUGAGACAGGAGAAUUUCUUGAACCCAGGAGGUGGAGGUUGUGGUGAGCCGAGAUCUCGCCAUCGCAUCUCAGCCUGGGCAACAAGAGCAAAACUCUCAAAAGAUCCUCAUUUCCAAAUAAAGUCUCAUUCCCAGGCUCUGGGUAUUAUGAUAUAGAGAGAUCUUUUUGGGAGACCACAGUUCAGUCCACUACAAUUGUGUCCAGUUCCAUCCAGAGGCUCUAGGAGAGGAUCCUUCCUGCCUGUCUCAGCUCCUGGGGGCUCCAGGCAUCCCUGGGCUUGUGGCCACAUCACAGCAGUCUCUGCCUCUGUCUCCACGUGGACUUCUCCUCUGUGUCUGUGUGUCUUCUUCUGUCUCUUAGGACACCUGUCCUUGGAUUUAGGGCCCACCCUACUCCAGAAUCUCAUCUCAAGAUCUUUAACUCAUUGCAAUUUCAAAGAUCCUUAUUUCCAAAUAAGAUCUCAUUCCCAGGCUCUGGGUAUUAGGAUAUAGACAGAUCUUUUUGGGAGACCACAGUUGUCUACUACAGUUGUGUCCAGUUCCAUCCAGAGGCUCUAAGAGAGGAUCAUUCCUGCCCCUCCCAUCUCCUGGGGGCUCCAGACAUUCCUUGGGCUUGUGGCUGCAUCACUCCAGUCUCUGCCUCCGUCUCCACGUGGCCUUCUCUGUGUCUGUGUCUCUUCUUCUGUCUCUUAGGACACCUCUCAUUGGAUUUAGGGCCCACCCUACUCCAGGAUGAUAUCAAGAUCUUUAACUCAUUGUAUCUUCAAAGAUCUUUAUUUCCAAAUAAGGUCUCGUUCCCAGGCUCUGGAUAUUAGGAUAUAUACAGAUCUUUUUGGGAGACCACAGUUCAGUCCACUACAGUUGUGUCCAGUUCCAUCCAGAGGCUCUAGGAGAGGAUCCUUCCUGCCUCUCCGAGCUCCUGGGGUCUCCAGACAUCCCUGAGCUUGUGGCUGCAUCACUGCAGUCUCUGCCUCUGUCUCCACGUGGCCUUCUCCUCUGUGUCUGUGUGUCGUCUUCUGUCUCUUAGGACACCUGUCAUUGGAUUUAGGGCCCACCUUACUCCAGGAUGAUCUCAUCUCAAGAUCUUUAAUUCACUGCAUCUUCAAAGAUCCUUAUUUCCAAGUAAGUUGUCAUUCCCAGGCUCUGGGUAUUAGGGUAUAGACAGAUCUUUUUGGGAGACCACAGUUCAGUCCACUACAAUUGUGUCCAGUUCCCUCCAGAGGCUCUAGGAGAGGAUCUUUUCUGCCUCUCCCAUCUCCUGGGGGCUUCAGGCAUCCCUGGGCUUGUGGCCGCGUCACUGCACUCUCUGCCUCUGUCUCCACAUGACCGUGGCCUUCUCCCUGUAUCUGUGUCUCUUCUUGUUUCUAAUAAGGACAUUUGAUAUUGGAAUUAUGGCCCACCUAGAUAAUCCAGAUGAUCUCAUUUCAAGAUCCUUUACUCAAUGACACCUGCCAAGACCCUUUCUGUGAAUAAGAUCCCAUUCACGGAUACCAGGGAUUAGGCCUUACUCUUUUUGAAAGACACUAUUCAAUCUACUAUUGGCCACAGGAACCAGAUGCCAUGAGAGUGCGGAAAAUAUUCUUUCCAUUUCUAGAGACCUGGAAAGCCACAGAGGUGGAUAACUUCUGUUAUCUACACCCCAAGUUUCAUGAGUCUGCACCCUGUGUAACUCACACAGGGUCCCCACGCACGGAAGGGCGCCAUAUUGAUUUAACUCUCUGCUGCCACCACCUGGAAAUUGUUAAUUAGGUUUGAACAAGGAGUCCGUCUUCUCAUUUUGCACUGAGCUUACCAUUGGUGUAGCCAUCUCUGCUCAUGCCUCUUCCCUCUUCAAGGACAGGCAUUGUGUCCUGUCCUUGAAACUGGACCUCCCCAAUCCCCAGUGAGCCUUGUGUAAAACCACUGGUGAGCUCAGGCCUCUAACUAUCUGUGACAGUCUCCCCAAAUAUCCAGGAAAGCUAGUGGGCUUUUGCUGCUCACUGGGCCAACCUCUGAAAAUGACUGACGGUCAGCCCCAUCCCCAAGAAAGUUCUGCAGUUAAUUCUGGGCAUCAGCAUUUGUUUUGAAUUCCCCGAGUUUUUGCUUUCUUUUCCUUCCUCUCUUUCUCCUUUCUUUUCUUUUGCUUUCUUCCUUUUCCUUUCUCUCCUUCCUUCUUUCAUUAUCUUUUCCUUCCUCGUUUUUUCUUUUCUCUCUUCCUCUCCUUCCUUCCCUCGCUCUUUCCUCCCUCCCUCCCU